CAUACACACACACAAACACACACGUCCACAUAGAUGCGCAAAAGUACACAAAAAGGUGUGUAAUGCUGUCUCGCUUUACAUGUAAUCCCAGUUAAGGUGAUUGCCACAGGUGCUGAUCUGACAUUUGGAGAGCGCUUGCUAACAGCUGUGCAGCAGAAUGACGAAGAGCACUUUAUUCCUGAUUCUACUUGCCCUUGAUGUGGCAGCUUCCACCAAAAAUGAUACCAGCAAACGGGAAAAGCGGGAUGCUGUUCUUAUUCGUUCAAAGAGAAGAUGGGUUCUGUCCACUAUUGAUCUGGAAGAGAACAUGCCUGGACCGUAUCCCGCUAUAGUAACACAGCUGCACAAUGAAAAAAAGGUGGACAACACCAUCAAGUUCCGCAUCAAAGGGGACGGAGUGACAAAAGAGCCUAUUGGUUUGUUUACCAUUAAUGAAAAUGACGGGAUUGUGUAUGUACACCAGCCCAUCGACAGGGAACAGUACCCCAUCUUCCACGUGGACUUUGAUGUACUGGACAGGCAGUCUGGAGCCACAGUGGACAAAACGCUGUCAUUUAAUGUAGACAUAAAGGACAAGAAUGACAAUAGUCCUCAGUUCACUCCGAGCACUAUAAACGCACUUGUUCCCGAGAACACACCUGAAGGCACAGUCCAAGCAACAUUACAAGCUCAUGACAAUGAUCAGAAGGAUACUCCUAAUUCCCAGUUCAUCAUGAAGGUGGUGUCACAAGACCCUGCUUCACCAAAAUUUACCCUGAAGGACUUAUCUACCACUACAGUCAAGCAGCUCGCCUUCACGGGAUGCUUUGAUUAUGAUAAAGUAAAAAAAUAUAAAGUGCUAGUUGAAGCGAGGGAUCAAGGAACACCUGCAAUGUCUUCAACUGCCACUGUUAUUCUGGAUAUCACUGAUUCCAACACCCAUCCCCCAGAAUUCAGUUCGGCCACGUACAACGCUGAAGUGAUGGAAAUGGAAUUAAAGGAGAUCCUAAGAAUCGGCAUCAAAGACAAGGACACCCCGAACACGCCUGCUUCAAGAGCAGUGUUCUCCAUCCUGAAGGGCAAUGAGGAAGGAAAUUAUAAGAUUGAGACAGACCCUAAAACCAAUGAAGGUGUGCUGACUGUUAUCAAGGGGAAGAAUUUCGAGAAAACUGAGAUCAAAAACCUGGAGAUAGCAGUCGAGAACGAGCAGAAAUUAUUUCAGUGUGUUGAUGGAAAGGCUGUAAAAGGACCCACACCAAAGCCAAACACUGUCAAAGUGUCAGUGAAAGUCAUUGACAUGAACGAUCCCCCUGUGUUUAAAAAGCAAAUUGAAAAAGUUUACAGGAAUGAAAACGGACAUGUGGGAGAUGUGUUAUUAGUACCCGAGAUCAAAGAUGAGGACUCGGACGUUAACAAACUCAGGUAUGAGUUAAUUCAAGACCCAGCCAAAUGGGUGAAUGUGGAUGAGAAGACAGGAAAGAUCACCACCGUUCAGAAGCUGGACCGGGAGUCUCCAUUUAUCAAAAAUGGCACCUACACUGUCGUAAUGCAUGCUAUAGAUGAUGGACAGCCUCCAGCUACAGGCACAUGUACUGUAGUGGUCUACCUAGGCGACCAGAACGAUAACGCCCCCUAUCUCAUAUCUAAAAACGCGGUCAUGUGCGGGAACAAAGUCAAUCAUGUGGAUGUGAAACCAACAGACAUUGACGGCCCUCCGUUUGCCAGCCCUUUCAGCUUCUCUCUGGGAGGAAAGGAAGAGCUGAAGAAUCUGUGGAUGCUGGAUCCAACCACAGGAACAAACACUUCUCUGAUAAGUUUGACGAGUCUGCCAUAUGGAAACUACUCCGUUCCUUUGAAGAUACAGGAUCAGCAGGGUCUGCAAGGAGAAGACGUUCUUCAUGUGGUUGUGUGUGAGUGCACAGGAAUCAACACGUGCCGUGGCCGUCUUCCUUUCUCCUCAAGACUGGGUCCAGCAGCCAUCGCUCUCCUGUUUGCUGGACUUCUCCUAUUGGCCUUGAUGCUCCUCUUUUGUUUCCUCUGUGACUGUAAAAGCAAGAAUUUUCAGCACAUCCCUCUGAACCUGCAGGAUGAGGGCAGCCAAACCCUUGCCAAAUACAAUGAAGAGGGAGGAGGCUCGAUCUAUAAGCCCGAGCCAGUGUUUCGGACAGUAAGCUUGAAAGCUCCUUCUGCACCGCCUGAGUACGUGUUUACUGAUGGAUACAGGAAUGGUGAAAAUGGUAUGCUGAGAAGCACUGCAGGGUAUAACGUUCAGUACAACUUCCAGGAAAUGCCCAGUGGUGGAGGAGUGAUGAGCAUGCCACAUCACAACUGGUCAUCAGUCCGAAGGGACAGGGAAAGCUUUAGGAAUGAAAGUCGCCAGAUGUCCCACUCAUACAGCCUGACACAAACAGAAAGGAACCUGGUCGGACACAUUGAGAGGAAAAUCAGUGGCUUUCCGGAAGAGCAGAGGGACUAUCCAGAAUAUUCCCCGCAUCAGUAUGAAUAUGAGGGAAGGGCCAGUGACUGUCAAUCACUGGAUCAGCUGACUGUCAGCAACCUCGGUGAUAACCUGGACUUCCUGCAGAACCUCGGGCCACAGUUCAACAGUCUGGGUGGGAUCUGUCAACAGACAAUGGAGCGCAGGAACGUCCGACUGUGAACGUGGGUGAUGAUUUGAGGCUCUAUAUCGCUCCACAUUUCUACAAUGCUUGUUCAGCUGAGUUGCAAAGGGGUUCCAGGGAUUUCUUUUUUUUUUUUGUGCUGUGAAUGUUUUUUUUUUUUUUUCUGAGACAGUGCUCUAGGCCAUUGUUGCUCGAAGACAUGCUUUGAAUUUUGGCACCAUGACACCUGUACACGCACAGGAUGAUUAUGGAUAUAAGCUGUGAACAUUACAUCUUCAGUGCCAAGACUGCCUGCCCUCAAGGAACUAUGGGAUAAACUGUGCAUUUGUGCUCACGAUGGAUGUGUAAAGAAGCAUGUUGGAUGCUUGAAAUGAAAACUUGUGCCUGCAUCCCAUCAGCUUGUCUGAAAUGAAAUGGUGGAUGGCUUGGACUGUUGUAGUUUUGGCCGUGACCAGUUUGAUGGCCUGACAGGCCACCGUUCUGAUCAGAUCUCGAGAUCUUUUUUUUAUUUGUAUCCCGCAAACACAAAGCCACACAUCACAACCCCAAUUAUUUAUGCAGAUAGUGUUUGUCUGGGGUUUUCCUGCACUUGCUGCCUUUAGCUAUCAUAUUGUUUUGUGCACUUUGACUUUGUAUUACAGAAUCACUCGUGCAUUUAAAGGGACAGUCCAGCCAAAAAUGACAAUUCUAUCAUUUACUCAUCUUCAUGUCUAUCCAAACCUAUACAGAAGCUUAUGUCCACCACGGAAUAAAAUAUAUUGCAACUGUUUCCUCACCAUUGAACGUUUGUAUCUCACAAUUCUGACUUUUUUCUCCGAAUUUUGAUUUUACAUCAACAGACUGCUCGAUUUUUUUUUUAUUGAAUUUUUUAGACACCUGACCACAUACUCAUGUUGAAUUUUGAGAAGGUUGCAUUUUUGAUUAAAAAAAAAAAAAAGCCAGAAUUGCAAGAUUAAAAAAAGAAGCAAUGAGCAUUAUAUAUAUAUAUAUAUAUAUAUAUAUAUAUAUAUAUAUAUAUUCUGUGGCUGAAAUAGGCUAAGCUUCCAUACAAACCACUUUCUUCUGGAGAGGAACAUGAAAAAAUGCUUUGGAGGACAUUGGAAAACAAAGAGCAUUGAUUUCCAACAAACCCAUUGACUGGACAAAACAAAAUAUUUAUUUUAUAUUUCAUAGAAUAAAGAAAAUCAUACCAUUUUUUGAACAAUGUGAGGGUGAGUAAAUAAUGACUGAAUAUUCAUUUUUGAGUGACUGAGCAUGAAAAGAAAAAAAAACAGCAGUGAUUAAGGACGAUAAAGAACAAGCAGAAGCUAUUUCGCAGAGCAACAGGGAUAGAAAAUGAAAGUAAAGAUCUGUCAUCAUUCAACAGUAUUUGAGAGUCUGGCAGGUGGCUGUAAUGCACUGUUGAUCAUCAUUACAUCACACUUCUGUAUUUACUCAAAGGGCCUUUCUUCACCUGGGUUUUUUUCCACUGUAGGGAACUUUUAUGAAGAGUGGCUGGAAUUCAUUUUUAUCAUGUUACAUUUACAUUUCACACAAUGUAGUGUUCAUCUAUUUCUUUCAUAUUGCUCAUUGUAUUGCAAAUAGUUUUUGUUUGUUUCAACCAAUGAUUUUGUGGACUGAGGAUAUAUUUUACAUCCAGUUAUCUUGAUGGUUUAGGUGUAGGGUGCUCAGGGCCUGAGGCAUUGUCUGCAAUUUUCACUUUCUCUUUGAGGAACAAUCUCUCUAAAAAUGUAUGUGUAACAUUACCUGAUUUUUGAUAACACUUUACAGAAAUAUUCUAUAGGUUAACAUUAGUUAAUGCAUUAUCACAACAAUUUUUAGAGCAUUUAUUUAUCUAGUUUAAUGUUAAUUCAUAAAAGCAAUGUUAAUAUAACUUUCUAUUAUGAAUUCAUGUGUCUUAAAUGCUAAAAUUGUAUCAGUACAUGUAGACUGGAUUAAUAAAUGCUGGAAACGUAUUGUUAGUGUAUGUUAGCUAACUGUAUUGAACGCUGUUGUAAAGUGUUAAUGAACAGUAUGUCAUAAAGUACAGGAGUCUGAAUGAUGCUGAAGAAAUGAUGCCGCUUUCUGAAAACUGAAUGUUGUUGCUGCUUUUGUGUUUAGUUAUAGGUGGAUUAGGGUAAUGUGGGACACUUUGUGAAAUUUUGACUUGUGCAUCACAUUUCCAUAAAAAGCCAAAACAAUA